AUGGGCCUUAUAAGAUUCACACAGCGGUUGUUCUCCUCCCAAUCACAAGAAGGUCCCGACAAGCAGGAUCCUGAUCCGGCUUCUGAGCGAACAUCAUUCGAGCCAGUACCUGAGCCACCAGUGCCUGAGCCAGUACCUGAAGAAGAACUUGAUUCAUCGGCCCGACGAAGAGAGGAGACAGCCCAAGCUAAUACUUCUCGUACUUCGCCCUCUGCCACCCGUCCUCGCGGUGCUGCAGCCAGGAACAGCGGUCCUCUUGAGAGUAGGUCCAAACCUGCAAAAGUGAAAUACGUUAUUGAAUGGCAUUGGGCUUGUUGCAACUGUGGGCGAGCAUCUGCUAUGAGCGUCGAUAGGACACUUGCUUGUACUGAAUGUGGGGUGUUUCGAUGCGCCUACUGCACACUAGAGCAAGUCAAAACAAAGGUAGGCCCUUAG